CUGAUGCUGCUGCGCUUGGGUAAGCAGGUGGCUGUAGACUGAUUGACGGGUUUCACGAUGACGUCAUUGCUGUGGGGGCUGCGCUACGGUGGAGGAGUUCAAAACAGAAAGAGGAGAAACCGAGCAAGGAAAACCGAGAGAUACAGUAGGAGCAGGCAUUCGCUAUCUAUGACACUGCUGCUUUGUGAUAACCUAGAUCAUUGCUCAAAAGAAAGGGCUAACAGAUCGCAAGGACGGAUAAGAACAGGUUCACCAGCUGUAACUCGAAUAAAACAAAAUAUCAAUUACUUUUUUUUUUUGAAACUGCCUGCAAAAAAUGUAAAUACUAGAUUUUUUUUUGUAUUUCAGCCAACUGAUAAAACUGAAUAUGGAGGUGAGCAGAGGUGGAAGAGGGCCAAUGUGUUGGAACAACGCUGGCAGAACAAACACCAAUAAAAAUCUCAAUGAGCUGUAAAGAUCAGAGUUGUUGGCAGGGCACAACAGGAGACGUGUGUCUGGAAGCAACACUGUGAAACUGUAUCAGAACCUUAGAUCUCUUUUAGGAAUCAGGGGCAGACAAGAGCCCUGCAAUCCCUUAGGAUCCAGAGCUCUAUGCCUUUGAAACACAGAAUGAGCUCCUGGAAAUUUGAGAGGAAUAUAACUUUAGGGAGCCAUGGCCAGAACUGCAGGCACUGGAAUAUGAUGUCAUUGAAUGACAAUGAGCAUUCAACAGUGUUCAUCUAAUAUUUCAGGCAUUAUUUAUUCACAUUUUUAAAGAAUCUUUUAAUAUAAGGUGACAUUUCUGUUAACAUUUUUUCAUUUUCAAAAGAUAACCUUUUAGCGAUCUUCUAUGUAUUUAUUAAUUAAUGUAUUCAUGUAUCUAUUUAUUUAUUUAUAAUUAUUAAUUUAAUAAAUAAAAUAAAAUAAGGGCAAAAACAAUAUGCUCUUGAUCUAAUGAAAAUGGCAGCAAAGCGUGACUACAUGACAAGCAUCCAUGGCUUUGAUCUGGGCGAUCGUUUUGUUGAGUUGAAGCCCCUGGGAUAUGGCGCCAACGGGCUGGUCCUGUCCGCCGUGGACAACCAGAGCCACCGCAAGGUGGCAGUAAAAAAGAUUGUCAUCACAGACACCCUGAGUGUCAAGCACACCCUGCGAGAGAUUAAGAUCAUCCGGCGGCUGGAGCACGACAACGUGGUGAAGGUGUUUGAGGUGCUGGGCCCCCAGGGGCAUGCCCUCUCCCAGGAUUUCUGUGAGCUGACCACCGUCUACAUCGUCCAGGAGCACAUGGAGACAGACCUGGCCCACCUGCUGGAGCAAGGGCCCCUGUCUGAAGAGCAUGCCAAGCUCUUCAUGUACCAGCUACUCCGGGGGCUCAAGUUCAUCCACUCCGCCAACGUGCUGCACAGGGACCUCAAGCCGGCCAACAUCUUCAUCAACACAGAGGACCUGGUGCUUAAGAUUGGAGACUUUGGCCUGGCCAGGAUUGUGGACCCCCACUACUCACAUAAAGGCUAUCUGUCUGAAGGACUUGUGACUAAAUGGUACCGAUCUCCACGACUUCUCCUUUCACCCAACAAUUACACCAAAGCCAUUGACAUGUGGGCGACUAGUUGUAUCUUGGCAGAGAUGUUAACAGGGAGGAUGCUGUUUGCUGGGGCCCAUGAGCUGGAGCAGAUGCAGCUGAUAUUGGAGACAAUUCCAGUAAUCCGUGAGGAGGACAAACAGGAGCUUCUCAAGGUGAUGCCAACGUACAUCAACUCCAAAUGGGAGGUGAAGAAACCACUGAAGGACCUGCUGCCUGAGGUCAAUGCAGAAGCUAUUGAUUUCCUCGAGCGGAUUCUGACCUUUAACCCCAUGGAUCGGUUGACAGCGGAGGAGGCUCUGAUGCAUCGCUACAUGAGACAGUAUUCCUGCCCCGAGGAUGAACCCAUCUCACAGCACCCCUUCCGCAUCGAAGAUGAAAUUGAUGACAUCUUACUGAUGGAGGCCAGUCAGAGCCAGAUAUCCAACUGGGAGAGGUACCAGGCGAGUUUGUCCUCAGAUCUAGACUGGCAGCAGCGGGAGCCGUCCCAGGAGGCGACGAUGGUGGCGGAGGUGCAGAGGGACCCGCGGGCAGGAUCCACGCCCAUCCUGGAGGAAGUGCAGGUAGAUCCACGCAAGUACUCUUACAGCAGCUCCGAGCGAUUCCUGGAGCACUCACAUUCCUCCCUGGAACGGUGCGGGCCAGGGGAUCUGGACUAUGGGCACUCCUUUGACUACAAGGUGGGCUCCCCUUCUUAUCUGGACAAGCUGCUGUGGCGGGAUGGCAAGCCCCACCACUACUCUGAACCCAAGCUUAUCCUGGACCUCUCACACUGGAAGAGUAACAGCAUGUCAGGGCCCCCUGGUGGCGGUGGUGGUGAGGGUAGGGGGAUGAGGAGGGGGAGCAGAGGGAUGCGGUUGAGUCUGGAGGAUCAGGAGGAACCCCCCACAGACCUCUUUUUGGAGAUCUCUCGCUGGGUAGAGAGCACCCAGGUCAGGUUGGACAGUCCCAGCCCUCCACCGCUGCUGCCCGCACCAGAACUCCAGGAAGAGAGUAGCAGGCCAUCCUCCUCCCCCCAGUUUCUAGCCACAGCGCCGCCUGCCUCCAAGAUAACCAAUGGGAAUGAGGCCCAGUUUGAUCUUGAUGUCUUCAUCUCCCGGGCACUCAAAAUGUGCAGUAAGCCAGAGGAGCUGACAGACAACCGGCUGGCCGAGAUCAAUGGCUCGUGCAUCCCGGAGCAUCCUUCUGAGAUAGUGCAGGCUGAGGUGUAUCAGAAAGAGAGAUGGUAGACAAGGAGGCUUGUUUGAACUGAAAACUGACAGAAUUGGUGCAAACUGUUGUGUGUGCAUAUAUUGAGGUGGAGAGUGCAGUGAUGGGUGUGAAGCAGCCUCAACAGCAAGUCAACUGUAAAGAAACAUGAUGACAGGAUGGACAAAAACAUACAGAUGGGAUUAUUGUGUAAUAUGGGUAACAACCCAGCAGGAAUUGGUGUGUAAACUUUGGGAACAAAAAGAAGAAAGAGUGUUGUACUAUUUGUAAAGUUAUGGGAUGUAUAGAGUGAAAACAGAUGUGAACUAAAUUUGAAAUGAGUUAUUUACUGAGGAAGUCCAACAUUUAUAUUGUGGAAACUAACAAGAUCUUUUUAAUGUUAAAUGAUUUAAGUUAGUAAAUAUUACUGCUGUUUUAAAGAAAAAACUAACAUGGCACAAACACUUUGUUGCAUUUUUGUUUAUAUGAAAAGAUUGUUAUGUUCUAAUAUGUUGGGGAUCAUAAUGCACAGCAAAGCAGUUGGUUGAGGUUGCCUAUUCGGUCAUUGAUUGUGAGAGUGGAGUGUGCCUUUUGAAAGAAAUAAGUGUGUUUUAUUGACUGAAUCCAGCACUCAUUAAAAUGCAAUACUUGAAUAUGACUUGUUUGGUCUGCUCUAACACACACCCUAAAUAUUCAUUAAACGCACUGACACUGUGCCAUUUAGGAGAAGGAUAAAUGCACCAGUCAACAGUUUUGACUUUGCUUGAAAAUGUUCCAGGGCACUUGGUAGCUAAAAGUUCUACUCAAUAUGUUUCUUAUAUAUAGAGUCCAGAAUUGAAACCUGAUUUCAGUCACUGGUCUGAUUUCAGUCACUGGUCUGAUUUCCCAUAUCAGUGUGCUAUUUUUUUUUGUUCUUUGCACCAUGCUAGCAAAAUAAAGUUUACAAUGGCCCUAGCCUCACUCUGGUAGGCCACUCUGGUGAGUCUCAGAAAAAGGUACCAGGAAGAGCAUUUUGCUUUCCAAAGCUAUAGAUGUGCUGUAACAUGAACAUGAAACAUCUGUAUAGCCCCAGCAAAAGCAACAAACAUGGCUGUUUACAACACAAAUAGAGGUAGCACGCUAUGAUAGUAGAGCCAUUAUUCCUGAAAAAAAAACAUCAGUUUGACCCUGUCUGAUUUUGAAUACUUACAACAAACUUUUAAGUGCCUUGCCAGUGGCUCAAAUGUUUCUUACCUGAUUGUGGCCAUCCAGGUUUACUUGGUGUAAACCAUCCAGGUUUACUUGGUGUAAACCAUCCAGGUUAACUUGGUGUAUUUAAGAUUCCCUCAUUGCACAAAAGAGCUUUAUGAACGUGCUGUGCUAAAUUUGCACUCAGUUGACUCAGCUGAGGUUUAUUUAGUGAUACAUAUUAUUAUGUGCUUUGUUUUAUGGUUACCCUCCUUACUCAGCAAUGCGACCAUGAGAAUAGCUUCAUUGUAACAUAAACUUCAUCGAAGGUAAAGCAAAAUGUGUCCGGUAAAAUAUUACAAUUCUUAACUCCAAAUCAGGGCAGCAUUGCACCAUCUUUUAAAAGUCAACUGUGGUAUCCCUUGCUAAAAGCCUAACAAGGGCAGUAGAGCACCAUAAAAGAAUAGUGGAAUCAUGGUAAAACACAGGCAAGAAUAGUUAAUCACAGAUACUGUAUGCAUGCUAAAGCAUAAUAUAAACCAUGGUUAAGCACUAUAAAAGCAUAGUAUUAGCAUAGGCUAAGGUAAACUGCAAAAUGACUGGGCUAAGCAAGGACUGCUACAGUAUACUAAUUGUGCACCACUUUAGAUAAUAUGUAAUCCUCAAACUAAAACAACAAAUAUAAUCUAUCCUGCAAGCACUUGCUAUUUCUGCCUGACAAAGGGUCACUGAGGUGAAUAUUCUGUGACCCUGAAACCACAACUUUUCGCUGGUCGCAUGUUGACUUCUUUUUAGUGCCUUUGGGGGUGAACUUGAACCUGAAAGCACAGCACUCUGGGGUUGCUUAAAAUGCUCCUAAUGUGCUCUGAUGAGCACUUAGAAGUGCAGCUUGGAAGCAGCCUAAAUCCAUCUGGAAAUCAUUAGGAAUGUCCUUGGACAUUUUCUGGGAAACAGGGCUCAAUAAUAGGGAAGAGGUGUCAAUAAUUUGCCAGCUAAUGUCUGUUUCUGCCUAUAAGUAGCAUUAUAGGAUUGCUUUUGCAGCAGUGGGGUUUAUCAAGCACUGUGCUUCCAGUGAACAGCCUGUUUCACAGGACGACAUGUCUGUUAACCUUGUUGACUGAAAAGUUUUUUAUAGGUUGAAAAUGUUGCCCACUGUAUAGAACUGCACUGUACUGGCUCAGGAAUCAAAACACAUUUUUAAAAAGAGUAGAAUUACUUAACCCAUGUCCUAGUAGUAGUGAACCAUACUCAUCAUUAUUAAAUAAACAAAAAGCAAUAUUACAUGAUCAUAUUUUAACAGUCCAAAAUCCACACAGUAGCUUUAAUACCAGUGAACACUGUAUUGGUUGAAAUGGCAUUUUUAAUUGGCUGAUGUUUUGUUCCAUUGAUUUCCCAAGCCCUUGUCACAGGAGGCCGUUCAUGUAGUGUGGAUCAUGCAAGUCCCUUUAGGCUGGAGAAGCUGACAGUGAAGUAUGUGGGAGCGGGAGCUCCUGUCAGUGCCUGGGUCAAAAUCAAAUGCCUGGCAGUAUGGAGCCGAUGAGCUACAGUUUCCCUUCCCCUAGGAGAGACAGUCCUCCCCUUGCCUUUUAGAAUAGUGAAGUCAAGGAGCUUGUCUGGUCCAAAGCCACACCCCAGACUUGGUUUUCAGGGUGUGGUGUGAACUCAUGAGGGUCAGCAAGCCCCUGAACUCCAGUGUGUCAAAACUCUGCCCUGCUCAUAGAAACCUAGCUUAGCACUGUUCUUGGAGAGUCUGCUAUUAAUGCAUUUAAUUGUGAAGUAAAUAGUGACUCAGAAACUACAAUAAUAUAGUAGACUGGCCAUUGGUUAUUAGUAUUGAAGUUUAUGAUGGUAAUACAUGUGUGGAACAGUCCAAGAGGUGAGACCGAGGCAGCAAGGAUGUUCAGAAAUCAAUGAAAUGCUGCCCUGAACAAUAUGAGGAAUGGUUAUGCAAGGGAACCAGCAAAUACGAUAACGCGUCCUAAAUAUAUUACUGAUGUAAUAUAUGUAAUGGCAUAUUAGUAAGGGAUAUGUGAACAAGAACAUAAAUAAAAGAACAGAUACAAAAUCAAAUCAUGAAUCGUCUUACCUUCAAUGUCUAUUACAAAAAUAGCAUCCAAAACCUCUUCAUCCUCUAAAUCAAGAUCCUCGCCCCCACUGGAGUAAUCACAAUCACUCUCAUUCUCCAGAGCAAACUGGAUUACAGCUUGCAAGAUCACUUGCCGAAUUCAAUUUAAUAGCUUUUACUCCACUCCUUACAAAAUGAACUCUCUCGGUUUUCCCUCCUAACUACAACUUAUCCGGGUUCAAAGUUCAUCUAGCGUUCCCUUCAGUCCACGUGACUGUUUUAAGCCUAUCAGUACACUCAGAUCACAUUUCAGAGCCAUUUUAAAUGUGACUGUUUUAAGCCUAUCAGUACACUCAGAUCACAUUUCAGAGCCAUUUUAAAUGAUACAAUUGAAAAAUAAACCAGGCAGCGAUGUGAAAGGACGGGGCCCGAAAUAUUCAGGCUCGGCCCUGAGGUAAAUGUUCCGGGGCCCGAAAUAUUCAGGCUCGGCCUUGAAAGGGUUAAAAACUAAGUGCUAGUAAUGGUAAUGCUGCUUAUACUAAUACAGUACAAGGAUUUUUAAACCUAGUUUACUGUUGAUUUAACUGCUUGCCCCUGUUGAUUGAAGCAGAUAGUGGAAGAACACGCGGCAAUGGUGCUUUUGAAUCUUUCUGUUACAGGGAAGUUUGUAAAAAAUACCAUCAUAAUACCAAUUGUAUUACCCUGGAGAGACCUUAUCAUUACCAUUGCAGCAAACCACAACUGAUACAGGAGCACACAUUUAUACUGUAAUAUCUGAACAUUUCACCAUGUGGUACCAUUCUACCAAUGACUCAGACCAUUAUAUCUGACCAAAGUAAAAGAACUGUUGUAUUUACAUUGUAGUGCCACAGCAUUGUCAAUGAAGGUCAUUUGGUAGAUGUUUUAACAGAAGAUAUGCAUUUUCCAAUAUUAAUAUUAUUCAAUAAAUGCAACCUUAUUCAAAGGUUUGGUAUCUUUUAGAAAUAAUUAGCUACUGUAUGAAAGAGUGAAUAUCCCCAAUAUACACUGUCUGGCCACUUUAUUAGGACCUGUACCUAUCAACAGGUUGGACCACUGUUUGUCCAGAUCACAGCCUUUAUAUGACAUGGCAUAGACUCCAGGUGCUGGAAGAUCUCAGAGGUAGGCAGAGGAUCGUGGUAAUCAAUGUGCCAUUCAAGUUCAUCCCAAAUAUGCUCAAUUGGAUUAAGAUCUGGGAAUUGAGGUAGCAAUGGAAGAUGCCUGAAGUCGCUGUCAUGCUGCUCAAGCACAAUUCAGCCAUGCAGGAUGGGUGCAUUGUCGUCUUGAAAGUAGCCAUCACCAUCAGAGUACAAAUGCAGCAUUGUUGGAUGGACUUGAUCUGCAAUGACCUUAAGUAAACUACAGCACUGGUGUGGAUUUCCAGAGUAAUCAAGGGACCUAGGGUGUACCUGGAAAACAUGCCACACACCAGGGCAAUGCCAAAUGCAGUCAGGUAGGCAGUUCCUGUUCAGUGUAUAAUAUCAGACAAUCACACGUUUACAUGUGAACAAAUGUUAUAAAUAUCAAUUCAUUUAAAAACAAAAAAGUUAUAAUAAUACAAAACAUGAUCUAAUUUGCUAAAUAUUACAAAAAAAUAUGCAAACUCAUUUCAACGAUAUGAUCGACUUGAAGUUGAUAAUCUCGAUCUGAUAUUUUAUUAAUAUUUUUAGCUGUAAUUUUUUUGUUAAUCAGUUAAUAUAGAUUACUAUACACUGUAUCAACUGUUAACAAAAAUUGGAAUUUGAUCAUAUGUUUGAGUUGAUAAAAGUUGAACUAAAAGAGUAAAAGCGUAACCCCAAAAUCAAGCAGGAAACAGAAACAUGAUUUGCCAGUCUGAAGAAUGUUUGGUAACUGCGGAACCCCAGAUUAAAAGGACAAUGCAAUCAUUCAGUACUGGCAUCCGGUAUCUGCCAGCAAACUGUACACUCAGCGUCAGCCAUGGGUACUGCUGCUUGCAUGCAGAGCUGAUGUAUUUUGGCAGCAACUGCCCUUUGCAAAAAAAACUGUGGGAGCUGUCUUUUUCCAACUUUAAACAUCACUCAUGUGUUACUUUAUUAAUGUACUCUUUAUUUAUAAUUUCAUUUUUCAGGACUGUCCAAUAAUGAUUUGUGGAGGCUGAGAAAAAUAAUUACGGGCCACUGUACCCCUGUUUUCGUUCAGAACAGUGUUAACAUAUAUAUGUAUUGUCCACAAAGUUCACAAUUCACUUACAGUGUAUUGUCUCAUUUUUUGCCAAGACCACCUUCAGCAUAGUGCAACUAAACAUCAUCCAGCAGAGGCCUGGUCUGGAAAUAAGAAAGCUCCUUACUGUGCCACCAAGUGUUUGCAAUCUUGGAGUCCUGUAGAACAAUGACAUGGAAACGGGUACAGUAUCAACCCCACUAUGCUGGCUAAAAUCCAAUAGUGGCCUGUAAUUAUGUUUCUCAGCCUCCACAAAUGGGCUAACUGGGCAGCAGUGUGGAGUAGUGGUUAGGGCUCUGGACUCUUGACUGGAGCGUCGUGGGUUCAAUCCCAGGUGGGGGACACUGCUGCUGUACCCUUGAGCAAGGUACUUUACCUAGAUUGCUCCAGUAAAAACCCAACUGUAUAAAUGGGUAAUUGUAUGUAAAAUAAUGUGUAAAUAAUAAUGUAAUUGUAUGUAAAAAUAAUGUGAUAUCUUGUAACAAUUGUAAGUCGCCCUGGAUAAAGGUGUCUGCUGAGAAAUAAAAUAAUAAUAAUGACACGUACAGGGAUGUGGUGACAUAAGCAAAUCAUGAGGUACAACAAUGCAAAGGAACUGAACUGGGUAUUGAUGAUGCUGUUUGGCUAAGAGUGGUUGCAGUUGGCCAUACAAUUUGUAAGGAGGAACUAGUGAUUCAGCCUCCUCACAGCAACUGGUGACCGAUCCAAGACAAUGGAUGCAGUAAGAUAGUGACGUAAAGGCAUCAAUAUCACAAACAUUGAGUACAAGGUGUACCAAGCAGAGCACUGGUGUGGAGUUACGCAGGAUUGAUUUUUACCUAGUAUAGAAGGCGCAGUCAUUCUACAAGGUUAAACAAACACCAUCUGAGAAAGGCUCUGUGCCUGAUUCACAGAUUGAAACAUUAUACCUUUCAAAGCAUAACAGACAAUGGCACUGGUUACAGCAUGGUGCCAGCCGGCACCACAAGACCUUUCCUUCAUAGCACCGCAAAGCUUAUUUGAACACCCCUUGCCUUUUAGUCCUUGGUCUUUCUCAAGCAGAGCUUGACAAUUGUGUGGAAUUGGUGUUCAUUUUUUUAUUUUGUAUGUGG